AUGAUCUACUGGAAUUGUCCAUGGGAUGACCAGCACCCGAGUCCCGGAAACGAGGUAGAAUUGCUCAUGCGCAGUAUUGCUGAUCCAGGGUACCAAACCUUGCGCCGUUUUCUUUCACAAGCCAAGAUCUUUCUUAAGGAUUCAGGCUGUGUUUUCCUUGCAUUUUCCUUAACUGCUGGUUCUAAAGAGUUGUUUGACAAGGUAGCUGCAGAAACUGAGUGGAGGUACAAAAUAUAUUCCAGGAAAAUCUUUCCGUUUUCCAUGGGAUCAGAACAUGAAGAAGAGGUAUCUAUUUUGGAGCUUUGUGAACAAAAUGAGAAAUAAUUAAACAAGCAAGCAAGUAAACGAAGAAAUUGGAACGUUUACUUUUCGAGUUAGGGUGACUAAUUUUCGUUCAAGGGUUCUUAACCCCUUCACUGCCAGAGUGCAUGAUGGAGUUUUGUAAGAUGACUAUAACUUUUGAUUCUGCGGACCAAAUCCUAUGAUGUGACCAUUCAAAUGAAAGCUCUCUGACUGUACUUCAUAGUGCUAUUUGUUUUACAAAAUUUCACAAAAUGAAAUUUGGUCGAAAUUUGCUUUUGGCUAAAUUUGGGAGUCAAAGGGUUAAUUUCAUUUCAAAUAUGCAUUCAGCUUUUGAAGUUAAGGGACUUCAAAUCAUUUGCUUUACCUUAUGCAAAGUUAUCAGUCAGCCUGCCGCAGGGAGUUGAACCUGUAACAGUCAUGUUAUUGAAAAUAACCGAAUAUUAAAUAAGGCAAGACAGUUAUCUUUGAGGAAGGAAUGUAGUGCAAGUACUAUUGACAUUAAAAAAGGAAUAUAUAUUAAUAUACAGGGCUGGACACUGUACUUAAACUGGACUGACAAAAAAGCAAAGACAAACUGUAUACACAGUUCAAUGUUUGGGACUGCAGCACACUGUCUUAGUUUAUUUCCACCUUCUGACACGCUAAAAACAUGGUUCGAGUUGUAAUGAUCUGAAGGGAAACAAAAAUUACUUCCACUUUGUGGGAAGUUUGAGUUAUUGAGGGUUUGAGUUACCAAGGGAGAAAUUGCAGUAAAUGUAUGAAGGAAAUCCAGGGGAAAUCGAUAGUUAGCACAAGGUUCGAGUCAAUGGGAGUCCACGGUACUAGCUUGUUGGCUCGAUCUAUGAUAAGCAAUUGACUGACUUCAGUCACCCCAAAAGGCCACAAAGAUAUACAGCCAUAAAACGCAUUUGUUAGCCCUUUCUGGCCUUUUUACCAACUGAAAUGACAGAUUUCCUACCCUUUCAUACAUUACAGCUACAUGUAUGUAGUGAAGUCACUACCCUUUCAUAUACCUGAAGCAUGAAAAAAGGUACCCCUUUCGGGCAGAGCCUCCCUGUAUAGGCCCAAGGGUUCUAUAUGCAUAUUUCCUGACUGCCUCAUUAUAGAACACAAAACACAACUGUGGGAUUGACUGACAAGAAGGAACAAGUCAGACCUCUCUAAAACAGCCUACACUGGCUGCCAGUUCAUGUGAACAAUGAAUAAUCUUAGAGCUACGAUUAUUGACAUACACACUGACAGCACGUGACAGUGAUUAGCUGGUGUUAAAAAUAUCUCAUAAAUAAUUCCAUCAAUACCUAUGUACCCAAACAAGCUGUGGUCAUUUUUCAUUUUUUGACACAGUGUAGGUUACCAUGACACUCCAACUUGUUGAAAAAAACAUGUCGCUUUGUUCCAACCUUACGUAAGUGUAAAUAACCCAAAAUCAAGUACCAUGAAUCCAUGCUUUUUUACAUGUAUACAUGCAUGUAUGUAUGUCGCAAAGACUUCCCCGUGGCAUCCGGGAAGUUAACACGCUAGCCCCGCAUUUGAGCCACGAUGGAGGGUCCCUAAUUGGUUUUACGGAAUGCAGGAUUUGCUUUAUUCGAGGGCCGAGAUGUAUUCCUGUGUUUUUUGGUGUGAAUUCAUCGAUUUUGUCAUUUUUUUUGGCUGUUAUUGUGUGACGAGAGUGACAGGGGUCACACAAUAGCAGCCAAAAAACCAACUAAAUCGAUGAAUUCACACCAAAAAACAUGCUAAUACAUCAAAGGUAAGUCUCCUUUACUUUCUUUGUAGAAAAAAAAGUAAAAAUGCAUUCCUUCACAGACCUCAGUAUUUUAUUUCUCUUACAAAGAGUUUCAACGGUCGCUUGUAACGUAACACCAACUCUCUUGUAUAACACACUUGUAACAUAAGCUUGGGACGCCUGUGCCAAGUAAUGAGAUAUAACUCUCUGACCUCUCGCACCUAAGGUCGAUGUUAUUUGGUCAAGAAGAAGGAAGAAGCAAGAAGUUAAUUCCCAAACCUACCACUUAUCGAUUUUUUUCUCAAAUUUCUUGGUGCAAAUAUAAGACUGUGUUGCCUCGAUGCGAGACUCUUUUCCAUCUAGAUCUGUUUGCCGAAUAUUGUUUGAAAUCACUCAAAACACAGCCUCCCCUCCCUUAACUAAAAACUUAAAUGGCUGGCCCCUUUAAUUCACAGUUACAGUUAUCAGUAUCAUUUACCAAUCGAGACACCGAGGAGAGCUCAACGAUUUAAAAGAAAAGGCUACACCGACAAAUAACGUCAUUGCUAAGCAAUAUUGACAUAGGGUACAGUAAAAAUCCACGUGUAAGAACCUACAUCUUUUGAAGUUUGGCAAAGUAGGUUCUUGUUGUACAGAAUAUACAUAUGCAUUGUUAUUUAUAAGGAUUUUCUUCUAAUUUAAAUUUGCAAUCGUCGUUAAAAUGUUCAUCAUAGUUCAAGUGUAACCCACUGUUCCUCUCUCCCCAACUGUUCCUCUGUGCCCACUGUUCCUCUGUUGCUACUGUUCCUCUGUGCCCACUGUUCCUCUGUUGCUACUGUUCCUCUGUACCUACUGUUCCUCUGUUCCUACUGUUCUUCUGAGCCUACUGUUCCUCUGUUGCUACUGUUCCUCUGUGCCCAAUGUUCCUCUGUGCCUACUGUUCCUCUUGGUUAAACAGGUUCUUGUAUUUUUGUUAAUUGAAAUGGCAAAUUUCUACUGCGCCAGCAGCUUCUUAAACCACUUGUUUCUCACAAGCGGGAAAAGACUAUUCUAUUCAUGGUUUACGCAUUUGCUAAUGAGAACCGAAAAGAACUUUUUAGGGGAGUUCUAAUGGAGUUUGUAAAUAAUCUAGUACGUUUUCAAUAAAAAAAAGCACGUAUUAACUGAGUUACAAACUUAUACGCCCAAAGUAAUUGUACGGAUCGAACAGAACAAAGGAAUGUACUGCCAGAGUAAUCAAAGAGCCAAAACUUGAAACAAUGGAGAGUUUUGGGCUAUUUUCACUGAAUUCUCUGAGAACGAGCGGUUUGUCCUUCGUAAUGAACUGCUAAUGACUUUUUAUGGCAUUGAAGACCUCAAUCUAAAAUCUCUAUACAUGAACGAAUUAACACAUGUCUUUGCAUAAGUACAUGGAUAACUCAAGUCAACACCCUGCCCCAAAAAUACUUAUCGUAGACGUUUUUAUAAUACUGUUAAUAGAGUCCUUAAUUGUGAGGUCAUAAAAAAUGAAAUGUGUGAAAUUAUGAGAUUUCUCGGAGUACUAUAUUAUAAAAGAACAACAUUUCGAAAAAUUAUGUUUCUGGGAAACUGCCCACGUACCCCUCCCCUAAGCCAACGUUUUGCCAUAAGUGAGAAGUAAUUUGUUAAUGUUGGCUUAGGGGAGGGGUAGGUGGUUGUUUUGUGGUGUGAGUAUUGUUCAGUGUGGGUUCAAUUUAUGUAUUACGUCAUUUUUUGAUUGCACCUGUCAGCAAUACCAAGAAAGUCAAAUGACAGAAAAGGGUAUUCUCUUCGUAUACGUUUUCAUUGACAAAUGGUAUCCCUUUCGCACGCCUAAUUCAGAACGCGGCAUCCUUUUCAACUGCUGCAGGUGCACUGUCUUAAGAAUAUGAAUAAGUCAUUGAUCCAGUAAGUUUUCUUGACUUUUUCGCAGCCAUAAAAUGUAUUUGCCCCAUUUCUUUCUCUUAGCAGUGGAACACCAAAAUAGCGCUAACUCGCCGAAAACGCUUCAAAACGGCCUGAGACGCGGGCAAACAACAAAGAAUACAACAAGGCAAUAAAGUACGUCGAUUUUAUUUAAAAACAUAACAUUUUUUCUCUCUUUUAAGAAAAACCGUUUACAUCCCGUACUAGCCUCCCCCGCAGACGUUUUUAGGGGAGAUCUCCCCUAAAGACGCCUGCGGGGGAGGCUAAUCCCAUACAAGCCUUUGUAAAUAACCGUUUGUAACACAACACCGCUCGCAAGCAAGAGUCACGUCCGCGUUCAUGUAAUGAGGUUGGACCGCCUGUGGUCAAAAUUGCUCCCGUGAAUCUUUGAAAACUGCUGUCACACGUAGGAGAUAGAAACAAGCGACGACAAAUUCUAGGAACACUGACCGGAAUCUGUCGAUUAUUACUCCUGAAAGCUCCAUUUCUCUCCAGAUAGAAGUCGUUUGCAGAUUCAAAACAUAUCCCUGCAGAUAUCAGAGGUAUGUAAAGCAAUUGAAAUCGAUGUUAAAAGGGGCUGUGUCACGGCAGUUCAGUUCAUUUUGUUUAAUUGAUUUAAUUUUGCCAAUUACUCGCCCUCAAUCGCUAUGGACCUUAAAGGAAGCAAAGAAAUUACAUGUAAAUGACAAAAUCAAAGGUCCCAGACAAACAAAUAUGUCUCCCGAGCAUUAUUUUUUGAAGUUGCAAGCAGCAGGGAUCAACUGUGAAAACACUGUUGGGCUGAAUAGUUUUCAAAAACCCUAAUUUUAAUCCGUUUCAAUCUUUUUCAGUUUUGUCCAUCCGUGGCAUCCAUUAUUUCUGUUGUUAUUUUAACCUUUCUUUAAAGUUUUAAGCGGUUAUUUUUAUGUUUCUCUUAAUUUAACCGGCAUUUUGUAAUUUCCUACAUGUAAUUUGGCUGAAUUUCGUGACACAGCUCCUUUAAUGGCAAUAAUUAGGCACGCAACCACAUUGACGAAAUCGUUUUCCUUGCAGAUUGAUAAUAAAAUGAGCUCAGUAAAUAAAGAUUUGCCGACGAGGAGAUAUCAAGUGGCUGAUUUAGAAGAAGCUGUGGAAAAUAUGCGCCGUUUAACCAAGGAGAAACCUCGAACAGGCUUUCUUGGGAAAGAAUUUCUGAUUUAUCCUGAAGUGUUCCAUCCAGAUCCUUGGCACGAGAUUGCAGCCUACAUCAACAAAGAAGUGAUUGAAGUGAUCAAAACGAAAUUGUCGAUAAAAUAUGAAGACGCCCCAUUCAAUUUUCUAGAAGUAGGUUGUGGCGCAGGUUACACAGCUAUCAAUGCUGCUCUGAUUUCGCACCAGUGCAAAGUCUGGGCAACGGACAUUAACCCCUCUGCUGUAAAAAACACCGUUGAAAAUGCAAAGUUGCAUGGAGUAGAUGAUCGAGUGAUAGCUGUCGCUGCUGACGUCUUUGACCACAAGGAAAUCGCUGGAAAAAAAUUCGACAUGAUCUACUGGAAUUGUCCAUGGGAUGACCAGCACCCGAGUCCCGGAAACGAGGUAGAAUUGCUCAUGCGCAGUAUUGCUGAUCCAGGGUACCAAACCUUGCGCCGUUUUCUUUCACAAGCCAAGAUCUUUCUUAAGGAUUCAGGCUGUGUUUUCCUUGCAUUUUCCUUAACUGUUGGUUCUAAAGAGUUGUUUGACAAGGUAGCCUCAGAAACUGAGUGGAGGUACAAAAUAUAUUCCAGGAAAAUCUUUCCGUUUUCCAUGGGAUCAGAACAUGAAGAAGAGGUAUCUAUUUUGGAGCUUUGUGAACAAAAUGAGAAAUAAUUAAACAAGCAAGCAAGUAAACGAAGAAAUUGGAACGUUUACUUUUCGAGUUAGGGUGACUAAUUUUCGUUCAAGGGUUCUUAACUCCUUCACUGCCAGAGUGCAUGAUGGAGUUUUGUAAGAUGACUAUAACUUUUGAUUCUGCGGACCAAAUCCUAUGAUGUGACCAUUCAAAUGAAAGCUCUCUGACUGUACUUCAUAGUGCUAUUUGUUUUACAAAAUUUCACAAAAUGAAAUUUGGUCGAAAUUUGCUUUUGGCUAAAUUUGGGAGUCAAAGGGUUAAUUUCAUUUUAAAUAUGCGUUCAGCUUUUGAGUUUAAGGGACUUCAAAUCAUUUGCUUUACCUUAUGCAAAAUUAUCAGUCAGCCUGCCGCAGGGAGUUGAACCUGUAACAGUCAUGUUAUCGAAAAUAACCGAAUAUUAA